CAAAGAAGAGGGGCUGACUAGGGCUUUGCGAAUUGCGAUCAGAGAGAGAGAGAGAGAGACAGAGAGAGAGAGAGAGAGAGGGUAUUCGAUAAGGAAUCGAAGGUGAUGAAGCCAGAAACGAAGAAGCGCAAGUUAUUGAAAAAAAGCAUUAGGGUUUCAAAAUCGGAGCGGAAGUCAAGGGUCAACAAGUCUUGCGAGGAGAAAUCGAAGAACCCUAGAAAACUCUCAGAGGAGGAAUUGAUGGAGAGAACAAUGAUAUGCGGAGGUACAGUUGUCGCAUAUGACCGAGAUGAUUCCAGCAGAUGUUUCCUCGGAGAGCAUCUCAAAUCUCUUGUCAACCUUGCAAUUGAUUUCUAUAACACAAACAAUUGCAAGGAUUAUCGUAUGAUGUACCUGGUGAGAGCAAUCUACGAAUCUUGCCAGGGUUCUUUGUACUAUAUGACGAUGACCGCCAAGCUGACCGACCAAGAUGAUUCCGAUGCCGUAACUUUCGAGGCAGAGGUUUACGAGGGAAUCCCAGACACUGUCGUACGCUAUGUUCGUGUGCUCGAUGAUGCACCUUCACUUUCACCUCUCGCUGCUUAGCUGCUAUUUAUCGGUGAUUCCAGUCUCCAGAUUCAGAGUAGCUAUAUAUAUUAUAUAUUAUGCUUCUGGAAUAUUAAGUGGCACUAAUCUUAAUGUAAUAGAGUUGUGAACUAACUUUAUUUGUGUGCAUCUAGAAUCCCUUUUAUUUGUGAAGAAAAAUGGUGUGUAGAAGAGGUCAAUGCCGUAUGUAAUGCUCGAAAAAUGCUAAUCUUGGUGUAUUUUGUGGUUGUCCAAUUUAUGUAUAUGCUUAGGGAAUAUGAAUUUGCUCUUCAUUUUAAUAUAUAUGUAUUUAGAAUCUCUGUUUUAUUCGUGAAUUUUACCAGAUUUUAUUAUGU